UCUUUUUUGUUUCCCACGUGAUAAGGCCGCUCGGUACUAACAUUUUCCUUUGUUAUUUUUUAGCUCCCAAUCGAGAUGCACCAAUGGACAAUAGCCGUGUUCUAGCAGCCGGUGGGGUCGGGAAACGGAAGAAAGCAAGGAAGAAUCCCCAACCCAAUCCUUCCACCACCAUUGCUCAGGAUGCCAGGUCUUUUCAACCUGUUCAGGAGCCACAACCGCUUCAACAGGUCCCUCAUCAGGAUCAAUUUGACGCCAUGCUGAUCGACGAUCAGUUCGGAUCCGAUCAGCUGCAUCAAUUCCCUGAGCAUUUCCAGGCUGCUCAGGAGACUAACAUGACUGCAGGUGAGACCAACACUGUCCACCUUUCUACGCAGGUCGAAUGGAUCUCUCUGGCAGAUCCAGUUCAUGAAAUGUUGAGGAAGGCUGGUUCUCCUGCAAGCCAGAUUUGGUCCACUUCUUCGUGGUUCAACAACUUUUCCGUCCCUAAGAUGCCGGUCGAGCAAUCCGAAGAAUGCUUGGCUUUGGCAGCUCUGAAGGUUGGGCUCUACAACCUGCAGCUGAGGGAGGCUCGAAUGACUAAAGAGCGGGACCUGAUCGUCGCUCAGACUUCUGCGGAGCAGAAUGCGGCUGCUGCCUUUGCCGCUUUGGAGACCGAACGGAAGGCCUCCGUGGAGGAGAAGAAACGCCUCGAGUUAGAGCUUGGUGAGCUCAGGGUCCAGCUCGGGGCCUUCCAAGCCAAAGUCCACGCUGCUGAAGCUGCUUUGGUGAAGUUCGAAGAGAGCGCUCCCCGUAUCCCGGACGGCCCUGCUGAGGUGAAGGUUGAUCUGUCCGCCGUCCGGGAGGCAUUCAAAGGGUCUGAGGAGUUUGCUGCCCUGAAGAAAGAUUAUGCGCAGCAGGAACUCACGACCACCUUCGGUGCUUAUCUCGAUCGAUUCUCCACGGGUGAUGCCCGCCGCAACGAGGGGGUUAAGCUGCUCGACCAGGAUCCAAGGGGCAAGAAAUUCAAUGACUCCCUGGCCCGAUCUCUUUAUGUUAUGGGCUGCCAGCAUAUCCUGGCCCCCUUUGUGGCUAAGCUGCAAGAGAUGCUAGGGAGGCCGAUCGAGCUUACCGAUCUUCCCCAGGUGCCCAUCAUUGAAGCCCAAUUUGAGAAAUAUCAAAGGGACUUACAACGGGUUGCUGAUAGUGAAGUGGGGAGAGAGCCUGAUCCCCCCACUGAUUCGGAUGAGGAGGAAGGUGAUGAAGAAGAG